UACCAAGGUGUGUCGAUGUCUGCGGAGUACAGCGCGAGGAUCACGGUGACGGCGGGAGGAAUGGCGGGCAACGGGCAUCCCUGUACCACGUACAAGAGGACCUUUAAUGGCAGCUGCAAGGUGGAGCUCAACAACAAGGGAAAGAGUCCCAUUGCCCAGAGAGCUGAAGCGUACUUGCAGGCUGUGAGCAAAAGCCAGGGGCCGCCGCCCAAGGUGACUGCAUCAUCGAAGCCAGUGCUGCCGCGCUUGGAGGUGGUGUCGCGGGUCGCCGCCAUCCCCAUCGUGGAGUCCGGUAUCGGGGUCACCGGGAAGAUGUACUUCAAGAUCAAGGAGUCGAACCCCCUCUUCCGCUGGUACUUGUCGCUGUACGAGAAGACGCUGAGCACGGGCGUCCAGCUGGCGCUGCCAGCAGUGCAGCUGCUGGAGUCGCCCAUCCAUCAGCUGGACCGGUUCCUGUGCGCGUCGCUGGACGUGGUGGAGAAGCGAGUGCCCUCUAUACAUCUGCCGCCGCAAACUAUGUACAGUGAAACCCGACAGUACGUGCUCCGGCGGGCGGACUCCGUCAAGCAACUUGGCACAGCCGUGCUGGACUCUCGCGUUACCUGCGCGACCGCUAGCGCGCUGGACCGCGCGCUGUCCACCGCCGACAAGUACGUGGACAAGUACCUGCCGCCCGACACCAAGGACCCCGUCGACGUGAGCAUCAUAGUACAAGAUGCAGAGAGCGGGGGCUCGGGCGGGCGCGCGGCGGCGGCGCAGGCCGUGCAGCACGGCGCGCGGCUCCGGCGCAAGCUGCAGCGCCGCCUCACGCGCCAGGCGCUCGCCGAGGCCAAGGCCAUCCGCGAACAGAUACACGUGCUCGUCUACGUGGCGGAACUAGUAGCCACAGACCCUGUCUUGGCGUGGAAGAAGGUGAAGGAGCUGUACUCGUCCCUCAGCCAGCCGGAGCCAGAGAACCAGGCGCGGCCGGAGACCCUGGAGCAGCUGGUGGUGCUGUUGGCGCGUGAAACUGCCCGCAAGAUGGUGCAUCUGGUCAACUACACGCACACGGACCUACCCAGAAACGUGAGCACCGGCUUGGCGAUAGUGACUAAGCAUCUCUCCAGUGCCGCUGACGCGCUUCUCAAGACGCUGCCGGUAGACUCCGCGCUGGCCGAGGUCCGCGGCUGGAGGAGCAAGUUGGAACAGCUACUGUACCAGCUGCAGGCCAGCUCUAAGGUCUAUUUGGAACACCUAGCCAUCUUCCUAGCGGGCAACGAAGAGAGAGAGAAGAUCGCGCCGCGCUCCUCGCUAGAGCAGCGCGAGGACCUUGCCGCCAUCAACGGAGUCAACUAGUAGUUAACUGUUUACUCGUUUACCAUCGUCUGCCGGCUGUACACACUCGUUCACGGCCUGUCUCGGGGUCUCUUGACGAGUGUACAGCCGGCAUAUGACUGACUGUUUGUAAAUCUUAUUGCAAUGUGAUAAGGUCUACCAACGAUCAGUGUGUUGCUGUUAGUAUAUGUAUAUUAGUAGUAGUUUUGACGACCGGUCUGGCCUAGUGGGUAGUGUCCCUGCCUAUGAAGCCGAUGGUCCCGGGUUCGAAUCCCGGUAAGGGCAUUUAUUUGUGUGAUGACACAAAUAUUUGUUCCUGAGUCAUGGUUAUUUUCUAUGUAUUUGUAUGUUAUAUAUAUCGUUGUCUGAGUACCCACUACACAAGCCUUCUUGAGCUUACCGUGGGGCUUAGUCAAUUUGUGUAAAAAUGUCUUAUUUAAUAUUUAUCUAUUUAUAUACUUGUGUUUAGUUAGCGAGGUGGAUAAGAGGAGCGCUGAAGGCAGACUGCGGAGAUGUCGCAGAAACGCCUAGUCGAAUAUGCCAGAGCGUUAGAGCAGAGAGCAAAUACUUAAUGCUAUUUAGAUUCUCGAUAUCCGCGGAAUCCUCUGUGACUAACAGCAUUUUUACGGCAUUAUGACGUCAGCGACGUCAUUAUGACGCCAUAAUAACGUCAUUAUGACGUCGCUGACGUCACUUUGCUACCUGGGGAGCAGUGUUAUCAUUUUUGCGUUGUUGUUAGGUCCCUAAUUGAAAUUUAAGUCACCUAAGGGAGAAUGCAAAGUCCGUCAGAUUCUAGUAUGAGUCGCUGGCGAGGCGUAUCAACAUUAUGGUGUCUCUUACCAUAGUGUUCAAAAGUUUGCGUAAUUUAAAAUGGGGACCAACUAGAGGUGGUUAUUAAUUUAUGAAAUACACAAAUUUUAAAUGUAAUUUUUAUUUUUAUGACUAUAAAGUUAUUCUAAUGAGCAUUUUGUUUUACUUAAAAAAAUAUUUACUAAAUUUGGUUAUUAUUCGUUGUUAGAAUAAAAAGUUCUCUAUCAGUGAACUAUUAUUAUAACAAUUGUAUGUAUUUGUAAUUUUAUUACUGUAAACUUAUUUGUAUAAUUUUGGUGUUGAUUAUGAUGUAUAAUACGAUGUACCUAAGGCACUAAAUAUAGAUAAUAUAAUAUAAAGUUUUCAGUAGAUUA